AUGGGUUCUCAUGAAGGCAUCGACACUGACGUUAUCUCUCUACCAAGAUUUAUUAUAGAAUACCAGAAACGUGUACAUAAUGCCACUGGUGAAUUUACUCUGGUUCUGAAUGCUCUACAGUUUGCAUUCAAGUUUAUUGCCCAUGCAAUCAGACGUGCUGAAUUGAUCCACCUGGGCGGUCUUUUUGGUACAUCCAAUGCCACUGGUGAUGAACAGAAGAAACUGGAUGUCAUUGGUGAUGAGAUCUUUAUCAACACAAUGGAGUCCAGUAAUUGUGUCAAGAUCUUGGUCUCUGAAGAGCAAGAAGACAUGAUUGUCUUUGAACACAACACUGGCAAUUAUGCUGUCUGCUGUGACCCUAUCGAUGGUUCUUCCAACUUGGACGCCGGUGUCUCUGUCGGUACCAUUGUGUCUCUUUUCAAGCUACAGCCAGGCUCUACUGGUAAGGUCGAGGAUGUUCUAAGACCUGGUACCGAAAUGGUUGCUGCCUGCUACGCCAUGUACGGUGCAUCCACUCACUUGGUCUUGACCAUGGGUGACGGUGUCAAUGGCUUCACCUUGGACACUAACUUAGGUGAAUUCAUCUUAACAGAACCAGAUAUGAGAGUUCCAAUGUAUAGACAAAUAUACUCCAUCAACGAAGGUAACACUUACUACUGGAAUGACAACAUCAAGUCUUUUAUCAACUUUUUGAAAGAACCACAAGAUGACGGAAAGCCAUUCAGCGCCCGUUAUGUCGGUUCUAUGGUCUCCGAUAUGCACAGAACAUUCUUAUACGGUGGUAUUUACGCCUACCCAGAGGACAAGAAGAAUCCAAAGGGUAAAUUAAGACUACUAUAUGAAGCUUUCCCAAUGGCUUUCUUGAUGGAACAAGCGGGAGGUAAGGCCGUUACCGAUAGAGGUGAACGUAUCUUAGAUUUGACUCCUACACAUAUCCACGACAAAUCUUCCAUCUGGGUUGGUUCUCCAGGUGAAAUCGACAAGUUUUUGAAGCACAUCGGUAAGGCUUAA